UAUGCUGACUCCAUUAUUGCAAAAGGUCUGGAAGGAGAGAAAGGCGCCUACUGACUGGAGGAAAAGUAAAACUAUCAAAGAAGGGCGACUUAGGACUCUGCAAGAACUGGCGAGGAAUCAUGCUCCUGUCGACGCCAAAUAAAAUUCUGAGUCGCAUCAUCCUGGAGAGAAUAAAGGACGCACUGGAUGCAGAAUUCCGACCAGAACAAGCUGGAUUCAGGAAAGGCAAAUCAUGUUCUGACCAAAUUGCAACUCUACGCAUCAUCAUCGAACAAAGCAUGGAAUGGCAAUCAAACCUCUACCUCAACUUUAUAGACUUUGAGAAGGCCUUCGACAGCGUUGACCGCGAAGUAAUUUGGAAACUACUCAAGUACUACGGCGUACCCCAAAUAUUCAUCAACCUUAUUCAACAGCUGUACGACAACGGCACAUGUCAAGUGAUCCACAACGGAAAACUCAGCGAAGCGUUUGGAGUAAACACAGGAGUCAGACAAGGGUGCUUAUUAUCACCAAUGAUAUUCCUAAUUGUGGUGGACUGGAUUAUGCGUCAGACAGUGGGAAACGAGAAGACAGGGAUAUCCUGGACCGACGUGAAGAACCUAGAAGACCUGGAUUUCGCGGAUGAUUUAUGUUUGAUGUCACACAAAAUCGAAGACUUACAAGCAAAAACCGACAAACUGGUCGAAGAAGCAGCAAAGACAGGACUCCAGGUGAACAUAGACAAAACGGAGGUUAUGAAAAUAACCAACCAACAACAGCAUCAGCAACAUCCAGCGCCAAUCACCAUCAACGGGAGGGAUUUGAAAGAGGUUACUUCAUUCACUUAUUUAGGGAGCAUUGUCUCAACCACAGGAGGAACGGACGAGGAUGUCAAAUCGAGAAUCGGGAAGGCGAGAAACACAUUCAUCAACCUGAAACCAAUCUGGAAAUCUUCGUCACUCAACAUCAACAACAAAAUUCGGAUUUUCAAUACAAACGUCAAGUCAGUUCUUCUAUACGGAUCAGAAACUUGGCGGGUCACAAAGAAUAUUUCCAACAGCCUGUUGCACACCUUCAUCAACAACUGUCUUCGUUCCAUACUGAAGAUUAGAUGGCCGGAAAGAAUCACAAACAAGAAGCUAUGGGAACAAACAAAACAGGAACCAAUCGCCCAACAAAUAUGCAGGAGAAAGUGGAGAUGGAUUGGACACUCGCUGAGGAGGCCGUUGGGUGACAUCGCGCGUCAGGCUCUCGAGUGGAACCCGAAAGGGAAGCGACGAGUGGGACGUCCAAGGGUGACAUGGAGGAGAUCGUGUGAAGAGGAGUUGAAACAGUAUGGACUAACAUGGAUGCAGGUGAAAAUUACAGCAGAAGACAGAAGCAAGUGGAGACGUGCAGUUGAAGCCCUAUGUUCCACUAGGAACCCAAGGGAACAAUAAUAAUAAUAAUAAUUGGCGUUAUUAUUCCUUCAUUUGUGAACCUUGUACAUCGUACUAAAUUUCCA